AUGGUCUUGAGCACGCUCGGCGUAGCUGCCGACGUUACUCCUUCGGUCAUCGAGACCUUCUUCUCACAUGCAAGUCUCGGUGCCUACCUUAACCGCAAGCCGCUGAAAGGAAAACCCACUGCCCAUGUUUCGUACCACGAAGGUCUGCGCCUUAUCCGUCAGUUUCUUCACUAUGCUUCACAACAUACCGUCGAAGACAUUCAAGCCUUCACUGGCCAAUGGGUACCAACUCCAACUUGGGUCAAGCUCGAAGAAGUCGCCAUUUCCGAGGCCCACCUGAAGCGCUCAGCCGACCUCGUGAAAGCACAGCUGGGCCCUGCAGGUCUGCAGAGAGUCGGUGGUCAAGAUUGGUGGCAGUGGAGACGGCCAGAACUUGCCUUGAAGGGUGAAUGGAUCGAGAUGCGCCAGGACUACAACGACCGAGUGGCCACUGAGAACAAGAGCGACCGCGUCAUUCUCUACGUACAUGGCGGUGCCUACUACUUUGGUUCCGUCGACGAGCAUCGCUACCAGAUGCAGCGUCAUGCUAGGAAGCUCAAGGCCCGUCUUUUUGCUCCGAGAUACCGCCUUGCUCCCCAAUUCCCUUUCCCCUGUGGUCUGCACGAUUGCAUUGCUGCAUAUCUACAUGUCAUCGAGCAGUGUGAUCCCUCAACUGUCCUUCUGGGUGGUGACUCUGCCGGUGGUGGCAUGGUUAUCAACAUGCUCGUGACUCUUCGCGAUCAAGGCUUACCUCUCCCUGCUGGCGCUCUCCUGUUGUCCCCUUGGGUCGAUCUUACCCACUCGUUCCCCAGCGUCGCCGGAGAAGGUGACUUCGACUAUAUUCCCGCCAACGGUUUCCAUCACCGACCCUCGAUGGCAUGGCCACCUCCAAACGCCAAUGACCUGAAAGACAUCAAGUCUCCACAGCUGAAUUCCCCACGAAGGUCAAAGGAAGAGAAGAAAAAGCUCGAGCGAGAGGCUACUCAAGGCUUCACCACCGAAGAUAUGCCUCCAAUUGGCGAAGCUACCGAUACAGCCACGGCUGGUCAAACGUUCCGCCCGCGAGCUAAGAGCGUCCCGGGCGGUGAACACUUGUCAAUCGAGCUGGACGGCAAGCUGAUCGAGCUUACUGAUCAAAUUCAGAUGUAUACAACAAACGACAUGCUCGCGCAUCCGAUGGUAUCGCCUGUGAUGCAGCCUUCACUCGGUGGCCUGCCUCCAUUGCUCAUCCAAACAGGCGGUGGCGAGCUCCUGCGCGACGAGCAGAUCUACAUCGCGCACAAAGCCGCAAAUCCGGCCGCAUAUCUUCCGAGCAAGAAGGUCAUGGACGAGUUCGAUCCCAACAGGGAGAUAUUGAACAGAUACCCACCAACGCAUGUUGUUCUGCAGGUUUGGGAUGACCUUUGUCACGUCCCGCAUACUCUGAGUUUUACUCGACCAGCGAAGUAUAUGUACCGCAGUGUUGCCCAAUUCGGCGCCUGGGCCCUGGCUUGUGCCCAGGACCAAGCUAUCACUAUCCUGGAUGAUGAUGCAAUCAGUAUCAUCAGCACCCAGUCUAGCGAUGAAAGCGACAAAGACUCCUCUGAUGAAAAGAUUGAUCGCGGUAGAACCAUGGACAAGAAAUUCCCAGACGCUUUAGGGACUCCGAUUAGAGCUCACGCAGUCUCCACAGCUUCUGGAUCGGUCGGCAAAGCUGGUGAUCCUUUACCUCCUUUCCAAGGUCAUAUGGUCCGCCAAAGAGUUGACAGGCAUGGUGUCACAUAUCCGCUAGCCGCCCCAUCUGAUCUGCAGUGUUUGCAACUAGAUCCAAACACCAUAGGUAUGAUCAAACCUGGUCCAGUUAGAAAAUGGAUCUCCAAGAAAGCCGAGUGGGACGUCAAGUACGGCAAGGACAAGCGUGCAAUUCAAAAACAACGCAUGAAGGAGAUGGCCGAAGGUUAUGACACGUUCAAAGCAGGAGAUGUACCACCACCUACCGCUUUGGCCGGCCGCCGUAAGAAGGACAUGCCGGGACAGAAGACGCGCAAGGGCAAAUCAUGGGGUCUUGCGAUGUGGUCAGGAUGGGGCUCCAAGCACGACGAAGACACAAUUGGCCGUGAACAAAAGGUCAAUCGUGCACCCACACAAUCGGUCGCCGUGCCACAGGCUGGUGCUGGAGUCUCCAAAGUCGAUCCAGAAGAGGCUGCAAAGAUAGAGGCUUCGCCUAUGGUGAGACCAUCACCUACCUUUGACCGUAGUAUGAGCCCAAGCUACCGCACCGUCACAAACUUGGGCCAAACGGGCCUACCACAUCGACCAAUGAGUUCUUCAACGGUUCCUCCUACUCCACCGCCAAAGGACGAACCAAGAGGCAAAGAAGCCAUUCGAGACGACGAGCUGCAUCUGGCGCCAUACGGCAUGCACACCAAAGUUCCAGGAUCGGAAAACACAUUCUUGAGCAACAACAGCGCUCGUCCUCACAAUGGCGAGGUAGCCUACCCGUUCAAGCUCAAGAACGAGGCUGCGACUGCAAGCACAGUAACUCUGGACUCUGCAGCUCACGUCAGACCCAUGGGCAGAGGCGAUGGCGAGUCUGUGGUCGAGAGCUCCAGACCUACGACCGGCAAAGGUGUCAGUGUAAUGGGCGGAAGUGAAGAUGUCAUUAUCGCCAAUGAGCCUGGUGUGGGCGUGUACGAGACCGAGACGGGAUUGAGAGAAAAGGGUAAAGGCAGAGCUGCUGAUAACGAAGUAGAGGGAGGAGCAGCAAGACCAGCAUUACAGACUUUUGUCACUGCGCAGGAGUUUUGA